AUUUGAAACUUCACAAGAAUCUUGUCGAACUGUAUAAAAUAAAACAAAGUAGGAGAUUGAAGUUAUCCUUGUAAGAAUCGAGUACCUAUAAAUUAAAUUUGGAAUUAUAUAUAUUACGGCAAAGUUUUGAAUAUCUAUCAUGCAAAUAAAAUAAUCGAAAUGGAUGAGAAUACAGAAACCUACUACCACUGUAUGUUAUGCGCCCAGUUAGAAUGCUUCAACAAAUUAAUUCCAUUGCAAGAAGACGAAGAGGUGUUUCACAAAACGAUGGCAAAAUUAUCACGUUUAAAUAUUUUGUAUGAUUAUGAUGAAACAUUUCCAAAGAAUGUUUGCGAAUCAUGUAACUAUAAUGUUGAUAAAGCCUUUGAAUUUGUAGCAAAAGUUGAGAAAGCCCAGAAUAUUUUAAGUGAUCUUUAUAAAAACAAAAAUAACUCUUUAAAAGAGCAAAAUGCUGAUAUUACGGAAGAUGAACAAGGUGAAAUUUUGAAAAAUGAAAAUUGUGAUAUUUUUAAACAUCAGCAGACAGAUAUUUUAAUAGAUAUGAAGCAUGAAUCAUCUGAUGAUCAUCAAAGUCACAUUCCGGAACAGGUAGAUAAUUUAGAAUGUCAACAGAAUGUUUUUUUUGAACAUAAACCAAAUAAUAUUUUGGAUCAUCAACAGAGUGACAUUUCGGAACAUCUGGAAUCAUUGGAAGAAAAAUCAGAAUGUGGUGCCGGUCUAGACUUCGAAAUUUACUCUCAAUCAUCCAACGAAAGUUCUGUUAUUUCAGAAGAAAACUCAAGUACUAAAAGUGUUUGCAAUAGCAAAAUUAACAAGAAUAGUAGUAGCACAGACACAAUAUUAACUUGGAAUGAUUACCAAUGGACUUGUUCCAUCUGUGAAACACAGUUUUCUACUAAUGAAGAACUUAAACAACAUUCAAUGCAAUACCAUCAAAUAUGUAAUGCAUUGAUAUGUCAUCCGUGUAACAUAAGAAAAUUGCAUUUAAAUGCAUUGAUUGUACAUGUACAAAGGCAUCAUAAAAAUCUUAAAUUUAUGUGCUACAAGUGUAAUUGCAAAUUCUCAUGUACUCGUGCACUAAAUAGUCACACAAGGAAAGCACAUGGCCCUAAAUCGAAAUAUGUAUGUCCUGGUUGCAAUGCUGAUUUUGAAAAUUCAGAAGAACUACAAGUGCAUACGGAUACAUUCUAUAGAGGAAAACGGUUUAUAAACCUACCUGUUGAGUUGGUCUCUCCCAAUGGCUUGUCCUGUAACAUUUGUAAAAAGUCAUUCAGCAACAAACAAUUACUUAACAGUCAUUUAUUUAUACAUACUGAUAGAAAAAAGGAACAUAUAUGUGAUUUGUGUGGUAAAGGUUUUUACAAGAAAAAUCAAUUAAAAUGCCAUUCAAUGAUACAUAAAGACCAACGAUCACACGAAUGUAAUAUAUGCAAGAGUAGUUUCAAAACAAUUAUGCAAUUAAGAAAGCACACAGCUUCUCAUAGUGGUGAGAAGCCUCAUAAAUGUGAUCAGUGUGGGAAAGGGUUCCGUUUAAAAAGUUAUCUCAAAUCACAUGUUAUAAUACACACUAACUCUCUACCAUAUGACUGUAUGUAUUGUGACAAAAAGUUUAGGUUUAAAACUCUUCGAAACCAACAUAUAAGGCAACAUACCGGAUUCCAACCAUAUACUUGUGAAAUCUGUGCUAGGGAUUUUACAAAUUGGUCUAAUUAUAACAAACAUAUGAAAAGGCGUCAUGAUUUGAAUAUGGCCAAGAGAAAAAGGACACCAGAAGGUGUGUAUCCAAUUAAUCCAUCAACCGGUAAUAUAAUAAAAUAUGAUAGUAAUGAAAGUCAGGAAUCAACAAAUCGCAAUUUUAAAGGAAGAUCAAAGAGGAUAUCGUCAUCCAAAAAAAAACUACAUAACAAUGAUUUGAAUGAUGCUCAAAAUGACAAAUCUGAAACAAAAUAAUUUCUGCUGGACUAUGACUAAUGGUUAGUUAAAUAUAAUUUUAGUAUUCCAAUUAAUUAUGUUCAAAUUCUAUCUUACACACAGUUCUGGCGCUAAAGUAGGGCGCAGUUGGGGUCCACCUAGGGUAGGCGGCAUCCAACUGCGCCUGUAUAGAAAGGGGCGCCAUAGGUCUGCGAAUUACACAGUCUCACAUAACUACUAAUCCCCAAAGACAAAAAGAGGGCACCAUAGAAAUCUCGCUAAGAUGAAGUCUAUACAAAAUUUUCAUGCCCUUGUAAAACUUGAAUGUAUAUAACAGUGGUAGACCCCAUCAACAUCUCUUGCACGAAUAGGGCGGCACGCCCGGUGAAAUACCACAACCACACAGAAAACAGGCAUGAAGUGGAAGUAAUUCCGUGUUUCGUCUGAUGAGUGUGGUGCCGGAGACCUAUUUUUAGUCAUCUUUUCCUUCCCACCCUCAUAAGGAAAGGGGAAAUGUGUUUGUUGGCGGAGGGGACCUAUAGGAAGGGAAAAUAUUCUGUUUCUGUGCGUCUACUCCUCCGUUUAGUAAAGGUUUGCCUGUCAAAAUUUCGGAUGUCUAUGGAUAACGGUUGCAUCGCCACUUCGGCAAAUUCAGGUGGCCGCUUGCUCAUUUGCCACCUUUUAAUAUAAUAAAGAUAAAAAAUGUAACAACUCUAAAUUUAUAACAAGUGUAUAAAAGGUUUUAUGCUCCAAGUUAUCGAAUCAGAAUCCACCACCAAGUAGACCCUACUGGAACUUCGAUACUUUCGUUAAAUGAUUUCUCAUUUUGCGGCAUUAAUUACGUAGACGUUAUUUUAAAAUUAUUCAUUAUAAUUAUAACUAAAAUGAUUUCUGAAACAAAAAUAAAUUGACUAUUUCUCGCAAUUGUAACCUAAUUGAUAGUUUUUAAUUCGAACACAAAAAC